AUGGACACCAGUGAUGAUAUUCAGGAUGUCUCUCAGCGGAUGGAGAAGUUGGACUUCAAUCAUCCAUUUACCCCUUAUGAUGUCCAGGAGCAGUUUAUGAAAGCAGUGUACAACGUCCUUGAAACGGGAGAUGGCCAAAUCGGCAUUCUUGAAAGCCCCACGGGAACGGGGAAAUCAUUGUCCUUGAUCUGCGCGUCUCUGACAUGGCUACGGCAUCACAAGUCACACAGCCAUGAAGUUGAGCUGAAAAGCGCGGUUGAGGCCCACAAGGAUGAGCCAGAGUGGAUUGUGGAACAGCUUCUGCGUCAGAAACGAGACGAACUCGCAAAGAGAUGGCAAGAGCGUGAAGAACGUCUCGAGGCUGCCAGGCGCAAAGAACAGGCCCAAGAAGACCGAGCCCGGAAGCGGCGGCGAGUUGAUGAGGUAAGAUCACAGAAACGGACCAUUGAUGAGGAUGAUGAGUUCCUGCUUGAUUUCCAGAGUGAUGAUGCGGCGUCACAUGGCUCCGGUGAUGCCCAGUCUGGACUGAGCAAGGAGGCGCGAGAAGUUCUUGCUAGGUUCGGUCUCGGCAUUCCCAAAAAGAACAACGGGAGCGAAGAAACCGACCUCUUUGAAGAAGGAGUCAAGAUCUAUUACACUUCAAGAACGCAUUCCCAGCUGUCCCAAUUCAUCACUGAGCUUCGCCGACCGCAGUUUCCCUCGUCGCUCCCAGGGGCCAUGCUCCAGACACAGGACCAGCCGAGCAAAGAAGCCGUCAAAUUGCUACCGCUCUCAUCCCGCCAGAAGCUAUGCAUCAACCCAUCAGUCUCUCGAUUAGGGUCGGUACAGGCGAUCAAUGAUCGCUGCGCAGAUUUACAGCAGGCCAAAUCUAGUACAAGAUGCCCUUUCGUUCCGAAGGAAGAGCUUUUGGCACAGACCCAUGAAUUUCGAGAUGCUGCCCUUGCCUCUCUGCCCGACAUUGAAGACUUACACCAGCUGGGCAAAUCGCUCUCAGUUUGCCCUUACUAUGCAUCGCGAACGGCGCUUCCUGGUGCGGAAAUUGUCACGCUCCCGUACCCCCUGCUAUUACAGCAGAGCGCCAGAGAAGCCCUUGGCAUUAAGCUUGAAGGGAGUGUAGUCAUUGUCGAUGAGGCUCACAACAUAAUGGACGCUAUCGCCGGUGUACACGCGGCGGAAAUCCGACUGAGCGACCUAAAAAGAGCCAAAGGAAUGCUCGGCGUCUAUAAUGAGGAUGGGAUUGUCGAAUCGAACGAUCUCCUCAGACGCAAGGGGAUUGAUCAAAUCAACAUGUUCGAGCUUAUACGAUACAUAUCAGAUUCGAAGCUCGCUUUCAAAAUCGAAAGCUAUGUCGCUCACGUAGAAAGCGAGAAGGAGCCAGGAGCUGUGACAAAGGUCGGCGGUACCCCAGUAUUGCACACACUGGCCUCUUUUCUUGUUGCCUUGACCAAUCUCAGCUCCGAGGGCCGGAUAUUCUACCAGAAGAUAGCCGGUCCAUCCCCUGAUAUCCAGCUUUCCUACCUGCUUCUGUCGCCAACUCAUGCCUUUUCAUCUGUUGCCUCUUCGGCAAGAGCGGUGAUUCUCGCAGGAGGUACCAUGUCUCCCUUUGAAGACUACAAGGACCAUUUAUUUCCAACUCUUUCUACCUCAAAGGUCACGACACUGAGCUGCGGGCACGUCAUACCGAAGGAGAAUCUUUGCGUGUGGACGCUAGGCACAGUACGACCUGGGGCUCCUCAGUUUGAGUUUAGUUAUCAACGACGCAGAGAUCCGGAAAUGAUCACGCAAUUAGGCAUGGCUGUUUUGAAUGUGUGCUCUAUCGUCCCUGAUGGCGUGGUCGUCUUCUUUCCCAGUUAUGGGUACCUUGAUGAAGUCGUCGCAGCCUGGGAGCAAAGCCAAAGUGCGAACUCUCAGUCGAUAUGGGCCCGCCUUCAGGGGCGAAAGGCGGUCUUUCGUGAGACAAAAGGUGGCUCGAGCGACCAGGUGUUGAAUGACUAUACCCAGGCCAUCCAGGGCGAGCAGAGCAACGGGAAAGGGGCGCUGCUCCUAAGUGUUGUGGGAGGGAAGAUGUCUGAAGGCAUCAACUUUUCGGACAGGCUCGGACGUUGCGUCAUGGUAGUCGGGCUCCCUUACCCAAACAUAGCCUCGCCGGAGUGGAAGGCCAAACUUGAAUACAUCGAAACAACAGUCUUUAAUAGGUUAACUAAUUCGAACGGGGAGGAUAAUAGCCAUAAAUUAGCAGGCCAGGGUAAGGCUGUCGGUCAGGAGGAAGCAAGAGCGCAAGCGAAGCAGGCGAGUCGGGACUUUUACGAGAACGCAUGCAUGCGCGCCGUGAAUCAGAGCAUCGGGCGAGCGAUUCGGCAUCGGGGCGACUACGCAGCCAUUAUCCUGGUGGAUCGGAGGUUCGGGACGGAGAGGAUUCGAGGCAAGCUGCCGGGGUGGAUCCAGAAUGGUAUGCAAGCAAGCGGAGGGGAAGAGAAGGGAAUAGCGGGCUUGAUGGGCGCUCUCGGUGGUUUCUUUAGGGGAAGACAGCAGACAGGAAAGAGCUGA